GUAAAUAACUGAUUGAACUACGGCGAUAUUCAGCCUAGACGCGACAUUAAGAGUUACAAGCUGUUGAUUUGAUACCUCCUACACACACCAGCCAUGUCGUCCACAUCCCAAAAGCAUAAAGACUUUGUGGCAGAGCCCAUGGGCGAGAAGCCUGUGAUGGCUCUGGCAGGCAUUGGAGAAGCUCUUGGCAAAAGACUGGAGAGUAAGGGCUUUGAUAAGGCGUACGUUGUCCUCGGGCAGUUCCUGGUGCUAAAGAAAGAUGAGGAGCUCUUCCGGGACUGGCUUAAAGACACAUGUGGAGCAAACAGUAAACAACAAGGUGACUGCUAUGGCUGUCUGAAAGAAUGGUGUGACGCCUUCUUAUAAAGCAUUACGCUUUGUUUUUUGUUUUUUUACUUCUGAAGUCGACACCAUACAUAACCUCUUCACUGAUCUUGAUUCAAUUCUGCUGCACCAUGUUUGGACCGACACUGUACACACAAAGGAGGUUUUUGAAGUACACUGGCAACCAUUUGUGAAUUUCUGAAAUCCCCCCAAUUUUGGCUACAAUUAAUAUAGACCUUGAUGUAAUUUUAAUAAUUGUUAAAUCGAUGCGUUGCUGACAUCUUGACAUGUCAAAGCAGUAAGACCACAGGUGUAGCUAACAUUAUUAUUGAUGGCUUGUUUCCAUCAGGGUUUACUCGUGCUGUAACCUUUGGUAUCAUUAGUACACCUGUGUUUGACAAGCUCACGUCUGCUGUCUACUAAGGAGCUUCAUCAUAUAUCACAUGUGCUGUCUGUUAGAAGCUGAGUUUUAAACGUGUGGUUUAUGCAUUGUCUGUCACUUCCUGAGAUUUUACUGUUGAACCAUUACACAGCUAGUUUGUUCUGUGUUAAACCUUUUGUUUUAUUUUAAA